UUCAUUUAACCCUAGAGCCAUGAUACAGAAAAAUCAAUACUUUCCUCUUUUUUCAAGUCGUUAUUAUUAUCAUCCUUCCACUAAUUCUCUCUCUAAGUGGCCCAUCCUAGUCUCUGUGAAAACCCACUUUCAGUCCCCGUUUUACGACUUUAUGUAUAAUUAUUCCACAAUCAAAUCAUUUCUUGUGCUGAAAUUCAAAUUCUGAUCCCUUUUUGAUUAAAUAUUGCAAUUUUGGAUGUAAAGACAGUCAUAAAACUUUUAUAUGAAGCCCGAUGAAAUGAUGCUUUUAUGAUCAAAUUAUAUGGUUAGAGGAUAGUUGUUGAAAAAAAGAGGGAGAAAAAUGGUUGUACGGAAGGUGGGGAAGUAUGAGGUGGGGAGGACAAUUGGAGAAGGGACUUUUGCGAAAGUGAAGUUCGCGCAGAAUACGGAGACUGGAGAGAGCGUCGCCAUGAAAGUCCUCGAUCGCUCCACCAUCAUCAAGCACAAGAUGGUCGAACAGAUUAAGAGGGAGAUAUCUAUAAUGAAGCGUGUCAGACAUCCAUAUGUUGUUCGUCUACAUGAGGUCAUAGCAAGCCGGACAAAGAUCUAUAUUAUCUUGGAAUUUAUCACAGGUGGCGAGUUGUUUGAUAAAAUAGUUCACAACGGGCGACUUAGUGAAUCUGAAGCUCGAAGAUACUUCCAACAGCUCGUUGAUGGUGUAGAUUAUUGCCACAGUAAGGGAGUCUAUCAUAGAGAUUUAAAGCCUGAAAAUCUUCUACUAGAUUCACAAGGAAACCUUAAAAUAUCUGAUUUUGGACUUAGCGCAUUUCCUGCUGAAGGAGUCAACCUCCUCCGAACAACUUGUGGUACUCCUAAUUAUGUUGCGCCAGAGGUACUUAGUCAUAAGGGCUAUAAUGGUGCUUUGGCUGAUAUCUGGUCUUGUGGUGUCAUUCUUUAUGUUCUAAUAGCUGGUUAUCUACCAUUUGAUGAAGUUGAUCUAACAACGUUGUACGGCAAGAUAGAGAAAUCAGAGUUUGCUUGCCCAUCCUGGUUUCCAGUUGGAGCAAAAUCCUUGAUUCAUCGAAUAUUAGAUCCAAAUCCUGAAACACGCAUUCGUAUUGAAGAUAUCAGAAAUGAUGAGUGGUUUAAAAGGGGCUAUGUUCCUGUAAAACUUGCUGAAAGUGAAGAAGUUGAUUUGGAUGAUGUCAAUGCUGCCUUUGAUGAUCAUGAGGAAGAACUGCCUAAUGAGCAAUGUGGGAACGAGGAUGUGGGCCCUCUGGUUCUGAAUGCAUUUGAUCUGAUUAUUCUGUCUCAAGGAUUAAACCUUUCAGCAAUAUUCGAUCGCAGGCCGGAUUCAGUGAAGCACCAAACCCGUUUUGUUUCACAGAAGCCUGCAAAUGUUGUUUUAUCGAGUAUGGAAGUUGUUGCACAAUCAAUGGGCUUCAAGACACACAUUCGUAACUAUAAGAUGAGGGUGGAAGGUCUUUCCCCAAAUAGGACUUCACAUUUCUCUGUCAUUCUGGAGAUUUUUCAAGUUCCUCCUACAUUUAUCAUGGUUGACAUUCAGAAAGCAGCUGGAGAUGGUGAUGAAUAUCUCAAGUUUUACAAGAACUUCUAUAACAACCUUGAUGAUAUUAUCUGGAAGCCCCCUGAUGAAACGAGCAAGUCGAGGAUCACCAAAACUAAGAGUAGAAAGCGAUGAUUUCAUAUCAUCAAUAACUAGUUUCUGCUUUGCUACAAUGUUACGACGGUCACAUAUAGAUCUUGAGAUGAUGGAUACGUUUAGUGCUUUACUAAAUGUGUGUCUUCCUAGCACAGCUCUAUUCCGCUUCCUUUCUGAUGAUCAGCACUAGUUUUACUAUUUAUGUAAAUUUCUCUAUUUAUGAUGUAUCCCUUUUGACAUU